GGAGAUGGAGUGGUCUACGUCACCAUGUAGCGGAGACUAAUAACGGACUCGCAGGCCAAUCCCAUGGCAAUGGCUGCUUCCUCUUCUUCUUGUUUUCUCCAUCACCUACUCUUCCCACUACAACCCCAUCUUUCUCGUAAUUCCAUAUUUGCCCCUCCUCUCCGUUUUUCUUCGGCCGUUCGCGCCACUGCCACUGCCACUGCCACUGUCACUUCCACUUCCUCCCUCACUCUUCAAGAGGAUGUGACUAAAACUUUGGAGGCUGCUGACUUGUUCUGUUGCCCAAUUUGCUAUCAACCCCUCAUAAGAAAAGGACCUCCUGGUCUUAACUUGCGAGCAAUUUAUAGGUCUGGUUUCAAGUGUGAUAAGUGUGACAGGUCAUAUUCCAGUAAGGAUAAUUUUCUUGAUCUCACACUGAUUUCUGGGUUGAAGGACUAUGUGGAAGUCAAGCCUGCUUCUACUGAGCUUUUCCGGAGUCCAUUUGUAUCGUUUUUGUACGAAAGGGGCUGGCGUCAGAAUUUCAAUAGAAGUGGCUUCCCUGGUGCUGAUGAAGAGUUCAAAAUGGCUCAGGAAUACUUCAAACCUGUUGAAGGUGGCCUUCUAUUAGAUGUUAGCUGUGGGAGUGGUUUGUUCACUAGAAAAUUUGCGAAAUCAGGGACAUAUUCAGCUGUCAUUGCUCUUGAUUUUUCAGAGAAUAUGCUUCGCCAAAGUUAUGAUUUCAUUAAGCUAGACGAUGCCAUUUUGACUUCCAAUCUUGCUCUUGUUCGGGCAGAUGUUUCUAGGCUUCCCUUUUCAUCUGGUUCUGUUGAUGCUGUUCAUGCUGGGGCGGCCUUACACUGCUGGCCCUCUCCUUCCAAUGCUAUUGCUGAAAUCAGUCGUGUAUUGCGAAGUGGUGGGGUCUUUGUGGGAACCACUUUUCUUAGAUACACUUCUUCCACUCCCUGGGUAGCGCGGGCUCUAAGACAGAGGAUUCUGCAGAAUUAUAAUUAUUUAACAGACGAGGAGAUUGAAGACGUGUGCACAUCAUGCGGUCUUACUAACUACUCAAGGAAAGUUCAACAAUCAUUCAUCAUGUUUUCCGCUCAGAAGCCUUGAAACUAGGUGAUUGAUUUGAAUUAGUUGUUCUCCAUACUGGGUUGUAUCAUUACAUGAAGGUCAGUGUUGAGUUGUUUGUAUAAACAUAUAUAGAUUCAGUAAAUAAUUCCUGGAAAAGUGAUAAUUUGGGAAGAUGUAAAUGUGAUUAUUAAUGGAAAAACCCUGGAACAUGAAACUCAAAUAUGGUUAUAGAUUUGAGAACAGAAGUUAGAAGAUGAUAA